GCACUAUCUGAGGGCAGCGCCAUGUGACACUCUGUAAUAACCUCCCAGGAUGCACUGCUUCUUCCUCAUCUCGCCCUAACUUUCUAAAGGGCUAUGGAUCAAAUGCAUCUUUUCAAAACCAGACACCCGCUGGCAGGUUCUGCCUAUGAAAAAGUCUAUCAAGACCUGAAGAACACUUCUAAAAAUGGAGAACAAUUUUGCAAAACACUUUUGUCCGUUCUACAGCAGAGGGCUGACCUUGAGCUGACCUACGCCAAGGGACUUGAGAAGGUUUCCAAUAAGCUGACGAAAGCUCUGGAUGGCAUGAAAAAGAAUUGCAUUAAUACUGCCUGGGCCUGUGCUUCUGAAGAAAUGAAGGUCAAAGCGGAAGUCCAUAGAAAACUUGGCACAGCAAUCGUACAAGAAGCCAUAAAACCAACAAAUCAAGUCCUGGAUGAACACGACAAGAAGAGGAAAAAGCUAGAUAAUGAAGUGGACAAGACGGCCGGCAUUGUGUUAAGCAACUGGAGACAACAGAUAAAGAUAAAGAAGAAGCUAUUGGAACAUACCAAGAAGCACGAAGCCCUUUUUCAUCAUGUGGAAAGUGAAAAUUCGAAAGACUCGGUGACAGAGAAGGAAAAGCAGAAGCUCCUGAACAAGUUAAAAAAGUCAGCAGCGGUCUUGACGAAAACAGAUGAAGAUUAUUACGAAGAAAAUCUCACGGGUCAGUCAGCGAGGCUGAAAUGGGAAAGUGUGUUGGAGAAUUGUUAUAAGAAAAUUCAAGACAUUGAAAAGGAGAGAAUACAAGUCCUUUCUCACAACCUGACUCUAUACAACCAGCAUGUACUUACCUAUGGACAGACACUCAGUGCUUGUCAGAGCCAAAUCGAUCAGGCCAUUAAAAGCAUUGAUGUUGAGAAAGAUAUUCAGACUUUUAUGGAAGAAACAACCAUCUUUACUGAAGACAACAAGUCCGAAUUCUUACUACUGGAAUAUUAUGAAGAAGACAACUCCGCUAUUAUGGAUGAAAAUAGAAGAAUCAAUUCUAUUAAUGAGAAGCUUCAAAGGCUCCAGAAUGACAUUGAGAAAGCAAUGAAGGACCGAGAAGGACUGGAAAAAAUGAUGAGAGCCUAUGGAGAAAACCCAGCGUUUUCUGAUGUGAAAAAUGAGGAGGAUACAGCUGUUCUCCUGGACGAGACAAACUUGAAAAUCAACCUCCUGGAAGCGAAUCACUUCAAACUCUCUUUGGCCUUGGCACAACUUGAGCAGAAAACUCUCCCGACUCAUCCCUGCAGCGAGCGGAUGAUAAAGUGGAAAGAGAAGGGCUACCAACUGUGCUCGGUGCAGAUUUCUCGGUCUAUAAAUACCGCUAAACUACAACGUUCUCUGAGCAGUAGGAUGUCUACCAGAAGUUAUGGGUCAAGUCAUCCACAAUCCAAUGAAUAUGUAGACCCUGUUUACAUUGAUCACCCAAGUAAACCUCCAAGGGGCUCAAUCAAAAAAUCUAAGACUUGGCGUGGGUCAACGAAGAAGCAUGGCGGUAAUGCUCAAGAAAAUGGAGAAGAUCAUAAUGGUGAAUGCCGUGUCUUAUACCCCUAUGCGUCUCAGAGAAAAGAUGAACUUGACUUACAGAAAGAUGACUGCAUCCUCAUUGCCCGUAAAGCUGAUGAUGGGUGGUGGUACGGGACCCUUAAUGGGAAGAAAGGUUAUUUCCCAGCUACAUAUGUUGAAGAAAUAAAUUCACAUUCUUCUCCUGCAUAGAUGAAACUCUAAAACUUGGGAUCAUAAAAGUACAUGUAAAUAAAAGAUCGGUUCUUGUG